GGUGUGUGUGUGUUACUGGUUAACUGAAGAGAGCAGGCUGGAGUGUGUGAUGGCCCCGCGGUGUCGGGUUCCGGGGCAGAGAGCCGGCUCCUGCGGGGGUAAAAAUAAACCGGUCUCUCAGGCCGCCGCUCUGAGCAGCAGCAGCAGCAGCUUGUGUUAAAUCAUGCCCCAUUUUUAGAAAGAUUUCCAAUCCUCUAGCUGUUAGUUUUUACGUGUCCGCCGCAGCUAGAGAACGCUGAGGGUUUACUGUGGACCGCAGAACAUAGAACGCUACUCAGUGAUGGGAGAGACGCCCAGGUGAGGAGGCAGGUGCCCCUCGCACACCAGGAGCCCUAGAUCACCUGCCAACCGCACAGACAGAGACAGCUGCGGCACACACACACACACACAAAGAGCACAUGAGUGUGUGUGUGUGUGUGUGUGUGUGAGAGCGAGUGUGUGGGUUCAGAAUGAGCUCAGUGGAGAAGCGUCACAGCGGCGGUCGCCGUGGCAGCGGCCCGCGCCUGUCAGACGCGUUCAGCGACUCGUCCUUCAUGGACGACACAGACCGCGAGGUCAGCAGCCUGACGGACCGCGCCUUCCGCUCCCUCUGUAUCGGUGACGAGGCCGUCUACAACGACGCCGACCUCGGCUCCUCCCCCACCGAGCGCCACUGCGCCUUCGCCCAGGAGGCCACCGCCCACACUGACACUCUCAAGCAGACAGCCAAUGAGACGCUGCCGCUCACUGCCGGGGGCUGGACCUCGGAGGGGCCCGGAACAUUCCACGGCUGGCUGGCAGAGACAGUGGAGUCACAGCAGCAUGCACAACAGCUCUCGUAUCUAGGCAAUGGCUCCACGGAGGUCGCCUGGCAACAGAGGAGGAGCACGUCACGUGUCUCCUCUCUCAUCAAGGCCUUCAGCGGUGGAGGGGAGGUCUUCUACGACCCCAUGGCCCCUGACGCCAUGGCAACCAGGGACAGACACCCAGAUGGUGGCGAGGCCUGGGAUAGGCCGGCCCUCAUGGGCCUGCAACACAAGCUGUCUGAGUUCUCAGCCUACCAGCAGGGUUUCAGGGUGUCAGGGGACGUGGACCCUGGCGGUUCCGGAUCCUUCCUGAGGGCGUCCAAGCUGAAGGGCAGUAGCAGCCGCUUCCACGCACUCAGCUCCACCAACCAGUUCAUGCACAGCGAGUUCAGCGCCUUCAGGGUCUGGAGCGACUACAAACGCCACCCCUACCAGCAGCACAGCGCCCCCGCCCCCGCCCCCUCCGCCUUCCCCCGCUGGUACGACUCGCCCAUCUACAAGGAGCUCACCACCUCCGCCCCGCACCACCCACAGAGGUCGCAGGGUCAGGAGGGUCGGAGGUUGCAGCGGCGGCCAAUGGAGGAUUGGACUCAGGUGUCUUUAUCACACACACCUGUGGGGGUCACACAGAAGGCGUGGCCGGUGGAGAAACGGUGCGAGUCGGAGCUGGCGGCUAACGGAGCGCCAUGGAAACGCAGACCGGGCCUUGUGCGGAGCAAGCUGCCGGGCCUACGGCCCUCCACCGUCUCCCCAAGCGCCGACCAGCGCCGCCGACCCGACUCUGCCUUCCUCUCCGCCAGCAGUGGCAGGGGGGCAGAACCACCGCGCCUCUCUGUCAUGGAUGACCCAUUGCCUAGCAACACCACCCCGUUGCCAAGCAGCGCCACUCCCUUCAGCAUCUCGCAGCUGCUCACGCCCGUGCUGCCCCCCCACCAGGUCGGCGACACCUCGGAGGAGCUGCGGUUGUCGCCCUUGGCGACGGACCUGUGGCUGACGGAGUCAGAGCAGCGCCCCCAGGUGGAGGUGCGGCAGUUGCGCGACGGCUACAAGGCCCGUGCCUCCAGCCUGCUCUUCAACCUGAAGGACAACCGCAAGCGCGUCAAGAGCACCUACAGCCCGACUCGCUUCAUGAGUGCCGAACUCAGCGACCGCAGCAGGCAGCCCUCGCAGAUGGAUGCCCCUGAACACACGCAACUGCCCCCCACCACAGACACCACCACACCACUAAUACCCCAGCUCCCCAACACUGAACUACCUGCCCCCUCCAUACCCCAGAUACCCAACUCUGAACUACCUGCCCCCUCCAUACCCCAGAUACCCAACACUGAACUACCUGCCCCCUCCAUACCCCAGAUAGCCAACGUUGAACUACCUGCACCCCUAAAGCCCUCGCCCCCCUUUACUGAAUUCGCUGCUGCCCACUUGCCCCCGGCCCCCAGUGCUGAAAUCUCAGCUCCUCUAGUCAGCACGGAAGAGUUACCCCCGGCAACAGACCCAGAGGGUGGCAGUAACCCAAUCCUGCCACGAAUCUCUGCCCCCCCUGCCCCCUCUGUUGCACCUGCCCCACAUAAAGGUUUUGCCCCCCACACUAAUGCCAACGGGUCAUGUGACUACUUGACCCCAGCGCCAGGGAGGGUGCCUGACUACGAAGGCCUCGUCUCUGGUGACGCCGGGCAGAGAGAGCGGGACAAAGGACACACCUCACACACAGACGGGCAACUCGUGUACGACACACACACCACCUCCGGCUCAGUGAACACGCAGAGUCAGGAAGCUGCCACAGACACCAACCCCAACACACACACACUGACAGACACACACCCAGCUCGCCACCCUGAGCUGGGCAGGCUGGCCUCAGCAGAUCCUGUUGAGCACUCCCCAGUGUCCUCGCUCAUGAGAACGACACAGGCCACUGGCGCUGCCCGCAAAGAUGCCACCUCCAUGAACAGCAGCGCCAACCCCGACUCAGGCACCCAUGCCCAUGCCACCACUGCGGGAAGAUACGGCUGGAGCCAGCAGCACGGGUGGCAUCUGACUGGGGGCGUCAGUGAGGGCGUUAGUGGGGGCAUUAGUGAGGGGGUGAGAGGGGGCAUUAGUGGGGGCAUUAGUGAGGGGGUAAAUGAGAGCCCCAGAGGGCAGAUUGCUGCUCUGAUCGACAAGGACAGAGAGAGAAGAUCCACUCUGACUCUGAAGCAGGACGUGUCCCCCACACACACACUCCCUACCUCGCAUGUACAGGCACGCAACCCCACACACACCCCGACACACACGCAGGCACACACACACACACAGGAGCAAAGGACAGACAGGGAGAGUGAGAGACUUUAUCCAGAUGAGAAAAACUCUACAGUCUUAAUGGAGGAGACAAAGGUGCUUCCAGAUGCAUAUAAUUACAACACCCCACACAUGCAACACACACACGAUACUUAUUAUUACAACCCAACACACACGCACACUGCUUAUCCUUACAACUCCCCGCCCACCCAACACACACAUGACACACAUUACUAUAACCCCACACACACACAUGACACACAUCAUUAUAACCCCACACACACACAACACACACAUGACACACAUCAUUAUAACCCCCCAGACACACAACACACACAUGACACACGUCAUUAUAACCCCCCACACACACAACACACACAUGACACACAUCACUAUAACCCCAAACACACCCAACACACACAGGAGCCGUACACGUUUACGGAUGCGCAUCACUAUGACCCCACACACACUCGAAGCAAACUCCAGGAGCACCCAUGUGAGGAUACACACAGCUUUAAUCCCUCUCUUACCCACUACACACGCGACGACACUGGCACACAUCACUCUAAUGCCCCAUGCACACACACACUCGCAGGGACACACACAGUUACAGAUGCACAUCCUGUUUAUGCUCCACACACACACACACUUGCAGUUACAGAUGCACACACUGCUUAUGCUCCACACACCCAGCAUACACACGAAGACACACAAGACGCGCACCUCUAUAACACUGCAUACACACAGCACACACGUGAGGAAGCUUAUGGGCCUAAGGACACGCACAACCCGACACACACCUGGCACACACACACAGCCAUAUACGCACCUAAGGACAAGCAUCACUACAGCCCGACACACGCAAAGCACACACACACAGAAGUAGUGAACAGUGCCCGUGAACAGACCAUCGCAAAUGCACUGGUGGGAGGGGAAAAUGGCCGCUCCAAAAGCGCAGAUGUGUAUGGCACAAAGAGAGCUGAGCAAGGACACACAGCUGCAUCCCCUCCAAAAGAUCCUGAACACACGUCCCGUAAAGACACUGAACGGCUGUCUCAUAUGAACCCAACGCAUGGACAGAGUCUGGAGAGCACACCAUCAGAGAGAGAGGGUCCACAGGCUUCUAGAGUGGCAGGCAAAGAGCAGGCAGGUCAACAGAAGCACGUUGCCCCGCUAAUGGAAGAAACACCCUUUAGGAGGGGAACAGCCACGGACGCUCCGUCACACACACUUGACCAGGAGAAGGAGGGGAGUGUGAGGAGGCCGGAGGAGAGGAGCAGUUAUGAGAGCAGGAGCUCGUCAAGACCGGACAUGAGAUUGGAGCAGAGGAACGCCAGGAGUCAGGACUACAGCACAGGCCUAAGUAACACCAAGACUCAGGACUACAGCACAGGCCAGACUAACGCCAAGAGUGAGGACUACAAGACAGGCCAGACUAACGCCAAGAGUCAGGACUACAGCACAGGGCAGACUUACGGCAAGAGUCAGGACUACAGGACAGGCCAGACUAACGCCAAGACUCAGGACUACAGGACAGGCCUAAGUAACACCAAGAGUCAGGACUACAGCACAGGCCAGACUAACGCCAAGACUCAGGACUACAGCACAGGCCAGACUAACGCCAAGAGUCAGGACUACAGCACAGUCCUAAGUAACACCAAGAGUCAGGACUACAGGACAGGCCAGACUAACGCCAAGAGUCAGGACUACAGCAUAGGCCUGGAGGCUUCUUCAGCACAGCCACACCACACAGCCAACAAACAGCUAAAUGUAAACAGCCAACCUAAAGACAACAACAGUCAGUUGACUGUCAACAAGCAGCCUUCAAAUAGCACCCACACAACAAACAACAUCCAGCCAGCCUACAAAAAGAGUACGGACUACACCAGAGGUUUGACGCCUACAACAGCACAGCCAUAUCAGCCAACAGCCACCAACCAGCCAAGCAGCCAGCUCAAAGACCAUCUGCCCACAAACAACAUUAAUCCACAUGUUAAAAACCCACCAACAAGCAACAUCCAUCCACCUCUCAACAACCAGCAGCCUCUCAAUAACCAGCAGCCUGUCAACAACCAGCAGGCUGUCAAUAACCAGCAGCCUGUCCAUAACCAGCAGCCUGUCCAUAACCCGCAACCUCUCAACAACCAACAGCCUGUCAAAACCAGCCCUACUGUGAGCAGUCAGCCCACAGUAAAUAAACCCCAAGCUGUCAGCAACGAGCACCACAACAGCAAACAAACCCUAGUCAGCAGCCCACAGCCUAGCAACACUAAUGCGGGCCCUGAGGGUCAGCACCCUGAGCCGGUGGUGAAACAGCAGCCCAUAGUCAACACUCAGACGGCACGCUUCCCUCAGGACUCCAUAGUCAAGGCUCAGACAGCACACUUCCCUCAGGAUUCUACUUCCUCUUCACAGGCACCACCCCAACUGCUAAACCCCCCACUCACAUCCAAUCAGAAACAACAAUACGCUCCACACGCAACCAAUCACAAACAGGCAAAUGCUCCUCUCACAACCAAUCAGAGUCAACACUUAAACCCAACUCUUAUGUCAAAUCAGAAUCAAAAGCUAAACCCUCUGUUAGCAGCUACUCAGAAACUCCCAAAUCCUCCAAUCAUAACCAGUCAGAAUCAACAGCUAAACCUUCCUCCCACAGCCAAUCAGAAACAGCAUCCAAACCCUCAGUUCUCAACUUAUCAGAGUAGAGAGCCACAACCUCCCCCACCCACCAAACAGAAUGCACUACCUGCCCAGGAUCCAAUGGCAGAGGAUGUGGAUGUGGAGGCAGGGCGGGGCUUGUCACAGCCAAUCAGAGAAGAGCGUUUCAGCAUCAGUGACAUCCUCUCCAUUCGAGACAAAGAGCUGAUGCGCCGCGAGCGCAUGAAGGAGAUUCGCCAGGGCCUGGGUGAUGUCACACAGCCAGCCAAUCAGAGAGACGCUGAGCAUGCAAACACACCUGAUGGGAAGGAUGAUACACACACCGCAAAGGUGGAAGUGACUGCUGUCAGCAACCCAGACACAGGUGCAUCACUCACUGGUGGGAAUGAGAGGUUUGUCACGAAUGUAGGACUCCCACGGAAAGAAAAUGACAUGCUGAGAAACCCUGGGAGUAAAGACCAGUUUGAGCAGGGUUUGAGUAAGGACCGGUUUGAACAGAGCUUGAGUAAGGACCGGUUUGAACAGGGUGUAAAUUACAGGAGAGAGCCUGAGAAGACUUCAAGUAAAACCUUCUCCUACAAAGAGAAAGCCCAAACCAAACAAGAAAUCCUGACGUCCAAAGUAAAAGCACACGCUCAGAAAGAAAUAUCAGCCCUGAAGGAGAAGGGCUUUUUGUCCAGAAACACCCCUAAACAACUCCCUACGGCAGCGAGGGAGAAAGGCCCGGAACAACCUCCACAGGUAAAGAAAGAAAUCACAGCUGACAAGCUUAACCACUUGUUCAAAGAUCUCACAAAGUAUGGAGAACGGAGAGAGCCAGAGCCGGACAACCUGUGUCAGACCCCAAUGCCUGACGUCUCAGAGCCAUCAGCUUUAGUAGCACUGACUAACGACGCACACCCAGAGGCUGUGGGCGCAGCAGUCACCAACCCAGAGGCUGUGCAGCUUGGGGCAAACCCUGUUAAGGACACGAACACUCUCAAAGACACACACACCCUCAAGGACUCACACACUCUCAAGGACACACACCCUCUCAAGGACACACACAAUCUCAAGAAGAGAGAGGCAGCGGAACUGCAGCCCACACUCAAACCAAAAGCUCAGGCUGUAAGUGGUCUGGAUGGGGAGCUCAAACCAGCUGUUCACCUUCAGGGUAAACACAGCGCUGAAGACACGAUCGCACCUGUCCAGACACCUGUAGAAACCAGCCACACAGGUGUGCGUGCCCCUGGAACACAUCAGAAACAGGAGAAGGAAGCCAACACUGUGCAGACAAGAGAUGAAGAGAAGGCCAGAAUGAGGGAGCAGCGCCUCGUCCAGAAGGAGCUGAGGAGCAAAGACGACACGGCCGCAUUCACACCUGGGGCUGAGUCGUCUCCUGCACACAGAGAGACGGGCCAUGAUGGGAAAGACACAGUUUCAAAGGAGAAGGGACAGUCAAAGGAAGGGUUAGCUUUUAAACAUAAAGAGAUUUCCCACAGUGACUUCAGUGCAACCAAGGAAAGCACCAUGUCAAACAUCUCAGGAAGUCAUGGGGAGCAUGUCAAAGAAGAGGCCCUGCCAAACAAGAGGAUGCCUUCUGAAUCCAAACUGAGGGAUGCGGGUGAACAGGCUAACACUGCUAGAAAUGCUAACGAAUCUAUGCUAAUGCUAACAGGGGCAAGGAGCAACAGAGAUGAUCAGCUCAAAGACACAGGAGCAUCUGCAGAUCCAAAUCUCCAGGUUCCUGAACACGCAGAUACAGGAACCAACACCAGGCGGAAUGACACAUCUAACCAAUCAAAAUCUGGUAUUACAAAGUCCAUGCCCUUACCUGUCCAAUCGAAAGACAUUACAGAAGCUCCGCCUUUAACCCCUCAGGAUCAACAUGAAGAGGCGCCACAUAAGGGGCAGCAAAGAGGAACAGAUCUGAUGUCCGGUCAGAUCCAGCCGAAUGAAUCUGAUCUCCAACCAACUCCAGCAUAUCCUCUUCCCCUUCCCCUCCCCCUUCCCCCAGGCAACCACACAACACCUGAGACACCCAGUGAGCCAGAUGACCUCAUUAUGGUGGGGGGCGAGGCGGGGGCCCAUCACUCUUCAGGGGCGGGGGCAGACUUUAUCAAGGUGAAAGAAACCCCUGAUGCCAUCAGAGCACAUACUGAGGAGACCAGUGAGAGUGCAGCAGAGGGAGAAGACACUCAUGCUGGCGAAGCUGAAGACGCCACUGAUGCUGGUGAGGCAGGCUUCUUCCUGGAAAUCCAGUCGAUUGUUGGCUACGUGAAACUGCCCACUGCCUGGGCGGACCAACGGACAGAGGAGAGAGGAGACAAACAGCAUGGCCUGCCCGUGUCCUCUGAGGGAGAGGGGAAUGCAUCUCCAAAGGAGAAACACCAGAAGGAACACAAGCUAGAACCCCAGAAGGAACACAAACAAGGGCAUCAGAAAGAACAGGAGAAAGAACCCCAGAAGGAACACAGGCUAGAACCCCAGAAAGAACACAAACAAGAACCCCAGAAAGAACACAAGCUAGAACACCAGAAGGAACACAAGCUAGAACACCAGAAGGAACACAAACAAGAACCCCAGAAAGAACACAAACAAGAACAGCAGAAGGAACACAAACAAGAACAGCAGAAGGAACACAAGCUAGAACAGCAGAAGGAACACAAACAAGAACAGCAGAAAGAACACAAGCUUGAACAGCAGAAGGAACACAAAAAAGAACAGCAGAAAGAACACAAGCUUGAACAGCAGAGAGAACACCAGACAGAACAGCCAAAAGAACAGCAGAAAGAACAGAAGCAAGACCAGAAACAACCCAAAGAAGAACAUCAGAGAGAGCAACGGAAAGUACAGAAGCAAGUCGAUGGGAGUGUGCACACGCAAGAAGCAGGAGAGAAGAUUAUUGGUGAAAAUGAGAAGGCAGAAAGAGGACAUGCUGGACUGCAGCCCCUUAAGGAGGAGACCCAAGAGAAAGAUAACCGAGGUUUUAUUAGAAAGGAGGAGGCUGCAGAGAAAGCACAGAGAGAUCCUGAAACCGGGAAAGAGAAAGGGCUUGUGAGUGAACCUAGUGGAAAAGCAAAGACACCCAAUGACAACCACAAACCUCAGCUAGAGAACACGGAGGGCAGUGUAGCCAAGGAUAAGGCUAGGCAGGACGUAACAGUGCCCCCUAGAGGUGAUUCAGCACUCAGCAGGCACUCAGAGGAGAGGAGUGAGUCCAUGAGAGUGAGAGAAUUGGAGAGAGCAGUGAGAAACACAGAAACACACACCCGAGGGCCUGCUGGGCUGAGCCAGGCACACACCGGCCACCAGACUAGUGAAGUCACGGACAAAGCCGGAGAGAGAAAACAGAAAACAACAGGAAUCGCCUCAGAACUGAAACACACAGCAGACCUCAGAGAUAAAACCCUGACAAACAAAGGAGACUUCUCUGAAUCUAAACCGACUACAGAAUCCAGUAAUCAAAUACAGGCAACGACCAGAGAUGCCCCUCAAUCUUACCCUGCUGCAGCCAUCAAAUAUAAAAUAUCGCCCACUACUAGAGAAACCACUCACUCUAAACCUACUACAGACCUUAGAAAGGAAACACAGAAAAAGAUUUUAGAUGUCCCUAAGGCUAAACUCACUGCAGAUGUUAAAGAUGUAACACCGAAAACAAGAGAAGAUGGCUUUGUGUUUAAACCCACAGCAGACCUCAGAGAUAAACCACAGCAAAGAGGACAGGCCCCUGAAUCUGAAACAACUACAGACUUUAAAGAUGCAACACAGAAAACAAAAGGAGAUGUCCCUGGAUCUAAAACCAAUACGGCAGCCCUUAAGGAUGUAACACAGAAAAUCUCAGCAGACGCCUCAGAAUCUCAACCCUCAGCCAAGUUCAGAGCAACAGCAGGACGACCCUCAGACUCUAGGACCCAGGAGCCCUUAGUGGAGCAGCUAGCCCAUGACCCCAGCAGAGGAGAAGCCAGAGGUAUGAAUGACCCCCCUAAGAUCACUAAUAUGGCCCCAGAGGAAGGGCGUAGACAGCAGGUGGAGCCAAGGGCAUCUGGAGCAUCCCCUCAGAGACAUCUGACGGAGAGGAAGGAGGAGAUUAAACAUGGCAAGCCAGCAGGUAGAGAUGUUAAUGCCCCUGCCAAGGCAUGGGCGCCGCCUGGGAGUUCACACAAGGACAGGGUGGAUGCCAAGGUAGAUGCUAGCCCACAGCCAAGUGGGCAUCGCCCACAUCAGAUGAUGGCAGAUAAUUCCCGGAUCACCCCGGUGCCCACUGCCCCAGAACACAGAGAGAUGCGAGGGAAUGGGAGAGAGAGAGGAGAGGCAAUGGAAAAAGAGAAAGGAGGGAGGGAGAGAAGAGGGAGAGGACAGACAGAGCUCCUGGAGAGAGGGAGAGGACAGUCAGAGCUCCUGGAGAGAGGGAGAGGACAGACAGAGGUCCUGGAGAGAGGGAGAGGACAGACAGAGCUUCGGCCUAGAGAGAGAAAAGGAGGGAACAGAGAGAGGUACACCACCAAUGCGGAGGACUCAGAGUCCCACAAUGCACUGCCCAGCGCUGAGAGAGGGAAACCCUCAAUCAAAACCCCUGUGCGUCCUGCAGAGGACACACCCCUGCAGGGCUCUAAGAACCCAGCCCCUGGUGCUAGAGGAUCCACCCCUGGCCCAGCCUCUACCCUACAGGGUCCUAAAGACCCUGGUCCUGUUGCUGCUCACACAGAAGCGUCUAGAGGCCCUGCCCCUGCUGCAGCAGAAUCUGCCCCUCUCCAGACACGCUCCCAAGAGAAGGAGUUGCCCAACAAAGGCCAGCGGCGCAGAGGCAGGUCUGCCUCCAGACCCGAGAUCUCUGCCCUGGCUGACUACGCCCGUCUGAGAGUUCUCCCGGAUCAGGACCACGACAUCACAGCCGACGAUUCUUUGUUCCCUGUCUCGCUAACACGCACCAGCACACACACUCCAGUUUCAGUGGAGAUGCACGCCGAGACUGUCACCGCCGACAGAGCCAAACGGGAGGCCGAUGCCAACAUGGCACGCGUGCUGAGGUACAGGGAGAGAGAGAAGCACACCGCCAGCAGAGUGCCUGAACGUAGGGCUGAGUUGGCCAACGCCAGACGGGAGAACCUCAAGGAACGCAGCCAUGCUACUCCAGCUGCGCCACUCGCUGCCGAGGAUCAUGGGAAGGCACGGGCACUUGCAGGCCAACAGCGCGAGCGAGGCAGGGAGGAUAAGCUGAGUGGUGUGGAGCUCCGGCAGCACGGGGGUCAGUGGGGUCACCAGCAUGGUCCACUCACUGCCCUCACUCAGCCCUUGCCGGUCAAAGGUCGUCGCCGUGGCACCUCCUUGCCCCGAGAGGCCAUUCGGGACGUAUCGGCUGAGAGGGAGUUCUAUCACCAGCCAGUGACUGCCACCCAGUGCGGCCGAUCUGGCGUCCCAAAGAAGACCUCCCAGAGCCCAGGGGUGGGGGCAGGGGAGAGGGGGCAGGAGGGCAGAACAGAGGAGUCGAGGACGCAGCCGGAACCAGAGCCAGAGCCUCUGCAAUACUACUCCGUCAACUCUCUGGAGCCGACCCCCAAACCUGCACAUGAACCAGAGACGCCACCCCACGGGCACGCGAUAGCACCCAAACACACGCAUCCGGCAGCGGCUAAACACACACUGCAGCCUGCUCGCGAUCAACCGAAUGCACCCAAACACACAUUACAGCAUGCAAGACGGGACAGUGGGUUGCCUGUAAAAAGCAAUAAGGAAGACUUUACCCAGGAUAACCCAACCACAGGGCAAGAUGAGAAUGGCUUUUUCCAGAAUGCAGCACAAGUGCUAGGAAGAGGUGAAGGUGGCUUUACCGAGAAUGCACUGCCUGCUACAGGAGGAGGAGAGGGUGUUUUUACACAGCCCCUGGUGGACCACGGAAGGUCGCAGGUCAUCGCUGCCCCGCGAUCCAACCCCUCUUCUCCUGCGCUUGGGAAGCCCAUCAUGUUCAACGUGAAGGACAACACCUUCAGGGUAGCCUCGGUAACCAAAGCCGUGAAGCCACGCUUCCACCGCAGCGUCUCCGAAACCUUCCGGACGGAGUCGCCGCAGCAAGGCGGGGGCGAGAGGGCUGAGGACCUCAUCUAUCCCCCCACCGACCUCCAGAUCACCCCUGGUAACACCCCCCAUGGGGACCCCGCCCUCCUGGCCCACUCAGCCGCAGCGCUCCACCACCUCUCCCAGGCAAGAGACGCCCUCUCCCGUGACGUGUAUCAUGAUGUGUAUCCUCCGACUGAGUCGCCCGCCCCUCGGGAGUUUAUGGGGCGGUUCCGACGAAGCCUGGCCCUGGACGAUGACGAGACACGCUCACUAGUGAGUGUCCUGUCUGAGGAUGUCGGGGACCUGUCGGACCUGGAGCGCCCUGAUUCGGUGUGCAGCAUGAGCAGCCAGUCCGGCCGCCCCCCCGCCGUGCCCCCCAAAACUGAAAAGGCACUGCGGCGUGCCAAACGCCUCACCACACGCCGGCUGAAGAAGGCGGAGACCAAGACCGUCGCCAGCGUUCCCUCCUCGCCCACGCAGGUGCUCAGCGCCCCCCUGCAGCUGCCACAUGCCCCCCCUGCCCAGUAUCACCUGAGCCCAGGGUUCGCUCCCACGGCAACCGGGGUGGUCAGCCCACCCUACCCAGUUGCCCAGCGAAGGCUGCUGCAAGACCCCAACUCUGGGCAAUACUUCAUGGUUGAUGUACCACUACCCGUCAAGACCAAGACCUUCUUCGACCCACAGACAGGGAAGUACGUGCGCCUGUCCGUCCGCCAGCCACCAGAGGGGGCGCUGUCUCCACCCCAGUAUAUGGUGUACCCAGGGUACCUGCCGAUGCCCGUCUCCACGCUUCCCAGCACCCGCUCCAGCUCACAGAUGUCUGCCCCCGCCACCCUCAUGCAGGAACAGGACGUCCGCCAGGCCUCUGGUGCCCCCUGGGGGUUGGAGGAGGAACGGCAGCGCUACGGCAGGGAGGAGAGACUGGGGCAGGGGCAGGGGCGAGGCCAGGUCAGCUACACGACACAGGAGCAGCCGGAAGAUGCCCCGUUGUACAAGGGGCAGAUGGGGGACGGCUCACACAGACACAAGGGGCAGUUGGGGGACAGCUCCCAGAGACCCAUGGACAUCAUCACCAUGAGUGAACUGGAGGACUUUGCCAUGGAGAGCGGGUGACAUCUGUAGAAUCAUGAGCCUGCGUGUGGACAGUGUGUGACGUCUGUAAAGGCAAGAGAAAGGCUACUGCGGACUGAUCUCCGUAGUAUAACUCAACAGUGGACUGAUCUUUGUGGAACUGAUCUUUCAGAGAUGAUCUGUUUGGUCUAACACUGCAGCUGUCUCAGAACCAUACACGGAUCUCUCUUAACUGACCUCUGUGCUCUGGUCACUUUGAACCGAUCUCUAUGGUCUAGUCAUGCUCUGAACUGAUCUCUAUGGUCUAGUCAUGCUCUGAACUGAACUCUAUGGUCUAGUCAUGCUCUGAACUGAGUCA